AGGAAUGUCGGGGGAGGAGAAAGAAAAAGUAAAAAUUCUCCAUGUCGCCAACAUUUCGACAUCGGCUACCAGGGAUCACAUCUACAACAUGUUCAACUAUCUCGGAAAAAUUCAGGAUUUGAAGGUCUAUCCAUCAGAAGGUAAUAUCACAGCUAAUACUCUCCUGAAAACUGCUUUUAUCAAGUUCGACGACGAGCGAUGUGUCGAAGUAGCUCAGCAUCUCACCAACACAGUCGUCAUCGAUUGCGCGAUAGUCUGCCUACCAUAUCCGAAUCCUGUGAUUCCGGACGAGGAGAGUUUUUUCAACAGUGGUGGAUCUACAACGGCUGGUCAGCGACAGCUCCCACCUCACGUCACCAAUAAAAUUCAAGAAUCUGACGAUGGAUCUGCUUUGUUCUACUGGCCACUACCCAAAUGACGAAUGCAGUAAAAUCCCGAAAGCGUAAUCCAGAAAAUCAUCAAAAAACUUUGUUAGUACUCGCCGAAUGAUUAAAUUUUCAGUUUCAGUGUAUCCUCGCCAAUCUAUGCUGCGCAUCGUCGGAUAUGAAAGCAAUUAAAUUUAGAAAUUUUCAAAUUCCUGAUAUUUUAGAAAUUGCAAUAUUUCUAGUUUUCGCGCCGUCUAAUUAUUCCAUUUUUCAGUUGAUUACAGUCGAUCCGACACUGGAGCAGCUCGGACUACCGGCUUAUCCACCUCUACCGGCUGACACGGAUUCUGCCAAAGUCGAAGAAAUUCGAAGAACAGUCUACGUUGGAAAUCUUCCGAAAGGUGUUGAUGGAAACGAGGUUCUCGAACUGUUCAACAUGUAUUUUGGAGAGGUAAUGUACGCCAGAAUGGCCUCGGGACCGGAUGCAUUGCCGUGUGCAUAUGCUUAUGUUGAAUUCUCACAGCAAGCGUCAGUGUGCAAUGCACUUCAAAACGAUGGAUUCGAGUUUAAGGAGAGACCAUUGAAAAUUCAACACUCUCGCGUUGCCAUCAUCAAACCACAAGCCAAAACAGACGAACAAGCUCUUGGAGAAAUCGAGGAAGCGAUUCGGAUGGGUAGAAACGGAGAUGAUCGGGAUCGGCGCCGUUCGCGAUCACCACGUCGUCGUCGUUCGCCGUCACCGCGUCGCAGACGGGAUAGUCGUGAUCGUGACCGUGACAGAGAUCGUGACAGAAGGCGAAGUCGCGACCGAAGAUCUAGAAGUCGUGAUCGUGACCGUGAUCGUGACAGGAAGAGAAGCCGUAGCAGAGAUCGUAAACGCCGCAGUCGCAGUCGUGACAACAAGGAUCGUGAUAGGAAACGGUCGAGAAGCAGAGAUCGCAGAAGACGUUCCAAAUCUCGUGAUCGUAAACGUGAAAGGUCUCGUUCAAGAUCCAAAGAUCGAAAGCGUGACAAGAAGCGCAGUCGAAGCAGAUCACCUGAAAAACGACGUGAUAAGGAAGAUAGAAAAACCGAGAAGAAAGAAAACGAGAAUGAAUCUUCGCUACGUGAGAAGCUUCUCGAGAAAAAGGCCGCCCGGAAAGACUCUUCUGAUGAUGAAUGGGAGGAAAAGCCAACACCGACUAAUGGCGAGGUCAAGAAUGAAGAAAUUGGAAAUGGAGAUGUUGUCAUGGCAUCCGAGUGAUCUAUUUGUUUUAUUGUUUUAAAUCUUAUCUUGUUUCCUGUUCAGAAUCUUGAUUAACCGACCACCUUCAUUAUUUCUGUAUUUUAAUUGUGAGAUAUUCACAUCUUCCUUCGAUCAUUGAUUUUAUUCAAAACACAAAUGUCAUUAUUUAUUUCCGUAACGUAAAAUGCACAAAAAUAAAAAUCUUAAAUGUUU